AAUUGGGAAAUGAGGGGAUGGAAGUUGGAUAAAACUCACAUGGGAGAGUAAUGUUACAAUAUAUGUACUGUGCAGAAGACAUACAUUUCAGGUUGAAAAGAGUGCCCCAGUCUGUGAAUAACAGGGUUGUGGAAAUUGUAAAGUAAAAAGGUCUGGCCGGCUUUAAAAAAAUAUUUUAAAGUUUGCCAGUUGGACAACACACAGUUGUCUGUCUGUGUGCAUUCAUUGAGCGUGAGGGUGGUCGCAGCGCUUCACAACUAACGUAACGAGAUAUAAUAUUGUGACAUGUCUGCUUCGCGCAUAGGGCAAAUGUUGUCAUCCAAAUGUUUGCGCGUUAUAACCAGAGGAAAUUACCGUUUUUUCGGCAAUGGGGCACAAUACCCCGCGGGGCACCUCACCUCUGGUGUCCACUCGGUGAUGAUCCCCUCUCCGCUGUCACCUUUCUCUUCCCAGAGAAGAGCACUUUCAGGAGUCAGUGAACCGCCGCGUGGACUUGUCCAAGAGAAAAUGACCGAGAAUGCAGCGUUCUCCCAGAACAAGGUUUUGACCAUCGACACCAUGAACCCCAAUGUGAAGAAGAUGGAGUAUGCCGUGCGCGGACCGAUCGUGCAGCGCGCGAUGCAGAUCGAGAAGGAGCUGAGAGAGGGAGUGAAGAAGCCCUUCACUGAGGUCAUCAAGGCCAAUAUCGGUGACGCCCAUGCCAUGGGCCAGCAGCCAAUCACCUUCUUCCGCCAGGUCUUGGCACUCUGCUCCUACCCGGAACUCUUGAAUGACAACAUGUUUCCAGAGGAUGCCAAAAGCAGAGCGCGCCGCAUUCUGCAGGCUUGUGGAGGGAGUAGUUUGGGUGCGUACAGUGCCAGUCAGGGUAUAGACUGUGUGCGGCAGGACGUAGCUCGCUACAUCGAGCGUCGGGACGGGGGCGUGCCCUGUGACCCAGACAACGUCUACCUCACCACCGGCGCCAGCAACGGCAUCGUGACUAUGCUGCAGCUGUUGGUGUGUGGUGAGGGUGCGUCGAAGACAGGGGUGAUGAUCUCCAUCCCUCAGUACCCUCUGUACUCGGCUGCUCUGGCUGAGCUGGGCGCUGUGCAGGUCAACUACUACCUGAACGAGGAGAAGUGCUGGAGCAUGGACCUCAGUGAGCUGGAGCGCUCCCUAGCGGAGGCCAGGAAGCACUGCAACCCCAAAGUCCUCUGCGUCAUCAACCCUGGAAACCCCACUGGUCAGGUCCAGAGUAGACAGUGCAUUGAGGAUGUGAUCCGAUUCGCUGCUAAGGAGCAUCUCUUCCUGAUGGCUGAUGAGGUGUACCAGGAUAAUGUGUAUGCGGAGGGUUGCCAGUUCCAUUCCUUUAAGAAGGUGCUGUUUGAGUUGGGACCACAGUACUCGAACACUGUAGAACUGGCAUCUUUCCACUCCACCUCCAAGUGCUACAUGGGAGAGUGUGGUUUCCGUGGAGGUUACAUGGAGGUGAUCAACAUGGACCCAGAGGUGAAAGCACAGCUCACUAAGCUGGUGUCGGUCAGACUGUGUGCCCCCGUCCCUGGUCAGGCUCUGAUGGACCUGGUGGUCAACUCCCCACAGCCAGGAGAACCUUCCUACACCACCUUCAUGAAGGAGCGAACAGCAACCCUCAGUCUGCUGGCAGAGAAGGCCAAGUUGACAGAGGAAAUUCUGAACACUGUACCUGGGAUCACCUGUAACCCUGUCCAGGGAGCCAUGUACUCGUUCCCCAACAUCAGCCUGCCUCAGAAAGCCAUCAAGGAGGCGAAGGCUCUGGGCCAGGUACCAGACAUGUUCUACUGUAUGAAGAUGUUGGAGGAGACUGGAAUCUGCCUGGUGCCGGGAAGUGGCUUUGGACAGAAAGACGGGACCUACCACUUCAGGAUGACCAUUCUGCCGCCCACAGACAAGCUGAAGAUCUUACUAGCUAAAGUGAAGGAGUUCCACCUGAAAUUCACUCAGCAGUACUCUUAAUCAUCCUCCUUAACUUCCUAACUUUCACCAAAUCAGAAGAGAAUAGGACACAGACCAAUAUGUGCACAGUCUACCAGCCAACCUAUCAGAAAUCAUCUGUCAAUAAGUGCCUACUGUACUGGUGCCUCUGUCUUCGGUCACCUUGACAAUGCACUUUAACUCCUAGGCCUACAAGAUUCCAAGAAAUGGUGGACUCACAGACUGUACAUGUAAAAAUGUAGUGGUUGUGAACACCAAGGAAAUUUCGUUUUUAUAAAUCAGGAUUAGAGCUGUAGUUUUUUUUAUGUUGGGACAUAUCAAAUUUAUCUGACAUAUAUAACUUGAUGUUCAUUGUCAUCUCAGUUGUGUGUCCGUGCACACACUUGUGUGGGAGAGAGGGUGUGUGUCAUGAUCCCACAAGUCAAGGCCAGUAUGAUGGUAUAGUACAUUUUAGUCAUUUGUCACACACUCUUAACCAGAGCAACUUACAGUAGUGAGAGCAUACAUUUUCAUACUGGUCCCCCAUGGGAAUCGAACCCACAACCCUGGCGUUGCAAGCGCCAUGCUCUACCAACUGAGGUACGCUGGACUAGUAGUAGUGUAUGAAAUGAAGAAAUGGAAAGAGCUACUAGAUUAUUUCCAGACUCUGUAGAAAUAGUUUUGUAAGUAUUGUAGUAAGGUACUGUAUAAGAUAGUAUUAUGUAAGAGAAGCUUUCACAUAAUGAUUUUAAUUGAAAUAUGAUUUUAUUACAUUUGCUAAAUAAAUAUAAAAUUUUUGCCUUUU